AUGCCAAGUUUGGAGAGGGCUCGUGCAAUACUAGGGGACGAUAAACAGUUAGAUGAAGAUAAAUCAAGAGAAUGCUUUCGGUGUAUUUUCGAACCGACGCUCUCUUUUAGUGAGCCAGAAGGCUACCUGAGCCUUGUUGGCGCAUUUGUAUUGCAAUGCAAUCCUCGGUUCCUGUGCAACUCUGCAAUCAGGAAUGUCCAGUUUUGGCACUUAUUUAAAGAGAUUUUGGAGAAGGCGACAUCUGAGGAACUGAUUAUCUACUUGAACACUCUUCUGAGACCGUUUUUGGAACGUCCAGAAAAAUUCAAAGACUCCUAUACCAGUUUAUGCCAAGCUGCCUCUUCAGAUGACCUAAUCCUGGAAACUCUAGCAUUGAACUUAUCCAUGGAAGACCUGAGUUCUGACACUGCUGCUGGAAUUUUGAACUGCAUUUCCGCCCUCUUCGCAUGUCACACAUAUCUGCUCACUUUUUCCCCAGCCGAUGCAGCUCAUAUCAUUCCCAAUUUUAUGCUUCAAUCACUGGAAACUGGCCUUUGCGAUGUCUUGACUGUUAUGCUCUCUGUCGGUGAUAGCCGGAUUGAAAUUAUUAAUAAGCUUGUACGCCAUCGGAGAGAAAUGCUUACAUUUCUGAAAUCUUUUACCAUUCAUGACUAUGAAACCCCAUUGAAGAAUAAACUACUGACGGCACUGAACAAAGCAAGUGGCGAGCAAAGGAUAAAGUUGGAAGAAACCGCAGGAUUUCAAAAUAUGAACAAUGUCAGCCUGUUGCAGGCCCUCAAUAUAACGAUCUUUUUGAACAGUAAGAACUUGACAUUUCUAAAAACUUUCGCUGAGCAACAGCUCUUUGGAACUAGGCCGUUUCCUCUAUUUUACGCUUGUCUACAUGUCUGCGACACAACCGAUGAAAUGAUUGAGAAGCUUGAAAAGAAGAAUACAGACAUAGUGCAUAAUAUUAUUUUCAGUUUAAACGAAGACAAACUCAUGUAUGCUUUAAUGGAUAGACUUCUGAAGUCAUGGGUAGAAUCGCAGGCGGAAUCCGAGGAAGAUCUGAACUCACUGCUCAUGCUAAUGCCAAUCAUAUUCGAACGCAUAAACAAAUCAAUUCCAGAUUCUUCUAACUUAUCUCCCCGUGAAUACCUGCGUUUAGCGUUGAACGUUAUACAAGAAGUCAACUAUAAGUUGGCUCGCCAGUUACAGCUUGAUGCUCUCACAGAAACGGCCUAUGAAAAGUGGUCAAAACAUGUUGGAUACUUUGACGACAUGCUUGCUAAUCAAGUUCAUGACUAUUUGCAUCAUCAGAGACUUUUAUACUUGCAGAAGGGCACAUGGGUUUAUGCUGAGAAUCCUUUAGAUCCUAAGAUCAAGUCUCCCAAAGUGUAUUUUAUGGUACUAUCAGCAAACCAAGCCAAAUUACUUGUAAGAGAGUAUACUGGAAUAAGCGAGAGAACACCUUUCACUGAAGAGAAUGAAAUUUUAACACCAUCAGAAGCUGAACAGAGCGACGAGAAAUCAAAGACCCGCGUGAUUCCUAUAUCUUCAAUAAGCUUCUUCACGAGCGAGAGGAUUUUGUCUAAUGAUAAAUCGCCUACGGACUCUCAUCUAGUCAACGUCAUCCAAAAGAAUGUCUAUACCAAGGUGGAGUUUUGUAAUGAGAGUGACAAAUCUCUCUUAGUAGUCUUCUUCCAUACGAAGGAGGCGAUUUACAGCUGGCUAGACGGGUUGCAAUUGGUUUGUUGCAUUAAGCAUCGUGGGGGUUUAUCAAAUGGUACUACUGAUCAAAUCGACACACUAAUAGACAUAAGAAAAAGUGUUCAAAUGAUGAAUCUUACCGAGGACGCAAUAUCACCGAAUCAUUCUGAUUCUGAUGAUGAGGAGUAUUACGACAUUAACACACUGAAGGAAAUAACUUCUGAUUUCUAUUACGAAUAA